CUGUAAUAGAUUAUUGGACUCAAAGUAAAGACUAACAAAAGAGGCAUACAUGGCUACCUUCACAUUGCAUACUGAGACUGUCCAAUCAUGUUUACCUCUGAGUAGACUUCACAUUCUGUUUCAUUUGGUGGCUGUACUACUCAUCUUUUACUAUCGAUUUACCCGAAUUUUCCAAAACAAUAUUACUACUCUACCAUGGAUUCUCAUCACCGUAGCUGAACUAAUUCUUGGUGUGUUGUGGUUCUUUAACCAAGCAUUCCGGUGGCACCCUGUGUCAAGGUCAGUGAUGACAGAGAAAUUGCCUAAGGAUGAGAAUUUGCCUGGUCUUGACAUCUUUGUGUGUACGCUCGAUCCUGAAAAGGAGCCAACUGUAGAGGUGAUGGAGACUGUGAUCUCAGCUAUUGCCAUGGAUUAUCCCAGCAAUAAACUUGCAGUGUAUCUGUCCGAUGACGGUGGAUGUCCAGUAACUCUAUAUGGCAUUAAGGAGGCUUGUGAAUUUGCCCGGUCUUACUGGCUUCCGUUCUGCAAAAAAUAUGGGAUUAAGUCAAGGUGCCCCAAAGUUUUCUUUUCUCCUAUGGGGGAGGAUGACCAUCUCCUUCGUUCUCACGAGUUCAUGACAGAGCACAAUGACAUUAAGGCUAAAUAUGAAAAAAUGCAAAAAAAAAUUGAAAAAUUCAGUUCAGACUCUAAAAAUUGUCAAAUUGUGACGAAUAGAUCAUCUCAUAUCGAGUACUUUAUCCUUAUCUUUUUUGAGAUUCUAAUGAUUGCUUGUGUGGUGCUGCAGCUCAGAGUCUCAGGUCUAAUUAGCAAUGGCCCUUAUGUUCUUGUAGUGGAUUGUGAUAUGUAUUGCAACGAUCCGUCCUCUGCCAAACAAGCUAUGUGCUUCUUUCUUGAUACCGAAACUUCUAAAUAUACUGCAUUUGUCCAGUUCCCUCAAAUGUUCCACAACCUUAGCAAGAAAGACAUUUAUGAUAACCAAUCCAGGACUGCUUUUAAGACAAUGUGGCAAGGCAUGGAUGGACUCAGGGGACCAGGUCUUUCUGGUAGCGGCAAUUACUUGUACAGAAGUGCAUUAUUGUUUGGAAGUCCAAACCAAAAAGAUGAGUAUCUGCUGGAUGCCGAAAGCUACUUCGGAAAAUCUAGCAUGUACAUAGAAUCGCUCAAGGUCAUUCGAGGGCAGCAAAAUCCCAAAAAGAAUGUUCCAAGAGAUGCAAUUUUACAAGAAGCUCAAGUGGUUGCCUCCUGUUCCUAUGAGACAAACACAAAAUGGGGUACAGAGGUGGGAUUCUCGUACGGGAUCUUGUUGGAGAGUACAAUAACUGGGUAUCUGCUGCACUGCAGAGGAUGGAAAUCGGCUUAUCUGUACCCAAAAAGGCCGUGUUUCUUGGGAUGUGCCCCAACUGACAUAAAGGAAGGUAUGCUUCAGUUGGUGAAGUGGCUCUCUGAACUUUGCUUGCUCGGAGUGUCCAAAUACAGCCCUUUCACUUACGGCAUUUCCAGAAUGUCCAUCAUUCAUACCUUCACUUAUUGCUUCAUGACCAUGUCAUCCAUGUAUGCUGUUGCAUUCAUCCUUUACGGCAUUGUUCCUCAAGUAUGCUUCUUCAAAGGAAUUCCCCUAUUUCCAAAGGUUACAGAUCCAUGGUUCGUAGUGUUUGCAACGAUUCAUGUAUCCACCCAAAUUCAACAUCUGAUUGAGGUCCUUUCUGGAGAUGGCUCUGUGGCAAUGUGGUGGGAUGAACAAAGAAUUUGGAUUCUAAAGUCGGUUACUGGCAGCUUAUUUGCACUAAUAGAUGGAACCAAGAAAUGGUUAGGAUUAAACAAGGUGAAAUUUAGCUUGUCAAACAAGGCCAUUGACAAAGAGAAGCUUAAGAAAUAUGAGCAGGGCAAGUUUGAUUUCCAAGGCGCAGCACUAUUCAUGUCUCCAUUGGUUGUGCUUCUUAUAGUGAACAUUGUCUGUUUCUUUGGGGGAUUAUGGAGACUACUCAAUGUCAAAGAUUUUGAGGACAUGUUCGGUCAACUUUUCCUACUUAGCUAUAUAUUAGUUCUUAGUUAUCCCAUUAUUGAGGGGAUAAUAACAAUGAAAAGCAAGAGUGGGUAGUAAAUUUCUUUAUAAGUAGGCUUAUUCUAUGAUUAUAUAAUAAGAAUUGCACAAUAAGUGUUUGUAUCUUGAGAAAAAACAAUUAUAUUCCACGUUGUUGGGGGUUAGAUGAAUGUCUUAUUUCUUUUACAUAGUCGUACACUAGUACACUACUAGUGCUUUGAUGUUCUGUAUUGUUGAUGGAGGUUAUCUGGUAGCCAAGAGUGGUGAUCUAACAAGGUAAUUUGUACAUUCUAAAA